AUGGAUUCACAUAGUAGUUCCGAAGAUGACACAGAAGUCAAGCUUGAGUCUACUCCCCUCUACCCUGGAUGUGUCUCUCAUGCGAAAGAACGAUGUGAGAUGUUCUGUAAAAACUGUGACACUCCUAUCUGUCAUACUUGCCUUGCAUCCGAUGAACAUUUAGGUCAUAAGUACUCGAAAAUCUUGGACAUUCUGGAUGAAAAGAAAGAUUUACUAAAGAAAAGGCAAAUUGAAUUGAAGGAAACAAUUUGUCCAACUUACCAGGAGAUUGCAGUGGGUGAACAAAAUAGAAUAAGGAAGAUGGAGAAGGAAUAUGGAGAUCUCUCAACAGGAUUAGCAAUACACGAAGAUUAUCUGCACAAAGAAAUUGACAAACUUUUCAAUAAAUUAAAGGCUAAAACAAGUGAAAUGAAAAACAAACAGUUACACACUUUACAGAAACAUUUGGAGGAUAUUAACAAAACGCUUAUUGAGAUUGAUGAUGAAAUUGAUGGAAUUGAUAAAGCUUUACGCUCCAACGACAUUUCAACGAUUUUACAAGUACUACAUAGCUCCAAAAUAGAUCAGCAUAAAAAGCUCCCAAAUAAGCUUGUUCCCUCUGCACCCAAAUUCACUCCAGGGAAAAUUCAAGAAGAAAAACUUUUAAAAUUUGUUGGAGUUUUAUCUCAAUUUAAUAUCACGAUAGAAAAGCAUGGUUACAGCAUACAUGUAAAGGCCGCACAGGAACCACUAGAAUUUGGAUACCUUUCACAAAUCAAAUCAAAUUCAACGGAAAUAUCUUCCCCUAAUGUAGUUUCAUUGAAAUCACAAGAAGAAGGAUCCUCUCCUCAGGUCUCAAAGAAAUUAUCACCAGGACCUGGAUCCUCUCCUCAAGUCGCAAAGAAAUCACCAGGAGCUGGAUUCUCUCCUCAAGUUGCAAAGAAAUCACCAGGAGCAGGAUCCUCCCCUCAAGUUAGAAAGAAAUCAUCAGGCACUGGAUACUCUCCUGAAGUCCCCAAAAAAUUUCCAGCAGACGAAUACCCCCCUGCUGAUGAACAACAAUCACCAGAUUAUGGUUCUACGACCAUGUAG